GGUGAGAAGGGCUGGUUUCUCUCUCCGUAGUAUAUAAGGGUUGCCGGGAAGAGGUCGGGCAAGAGAGAGGAAGAGGCGCAGACGCCGAGUCAGCGAGUCAGGAUCACUUUAAGUAGGGCCUAUGAUGAUGAGUUUCAUUUGGUAUUUAUUUCGGAGAGGUGCUUGUCUUCGAUCCCUGGCUGCCUUGGCGAGGAAACUCCGUCCAGCCGACUGGUGCGCCCAUCGCGCUCCUCUCUUCGCCUCUGCGCGGAAUGGGCUGUGUUUUUGCACCUCCCAAGGGGCCGUAGGCAUGUAUAGUGCAGAUUUAUAUGGGCAACGGAGCGUAGGGAGAUGGGCGGAUCGCAUGGCCUGGUAUGAGCCUAUAAUGGGGAUUGGACGGGUAUUGCUUGUCAUAUGGGGAGACGAUGGCGCUGGCAGCGGACAAAUUGCAUGAGCUUUGAUUGGGACGAAGCUCUGGUCCAGGACGGGUUCGCAACGGGUUCAGGAUGGCUAUCCCUGCCUACGAUGAGAUGACGGAUGUGGGGACAUGGUAGCGUACGGAGUCCGAGUGGGGACAGCUGACGACACGAUAU